GAUGAAACUGUACGGCUCUGGGACCCGGUGACGGGCGCGCUACAGCAGACUCUCGAGGGCUACUCAGGCUGGGUCCGGUCAGUGGCCUUCUCGCCUGACGGCCGGCUGCUAGCGUCUGGCUCCGAUGAUGAAACUGUACGGCUCUGGGACCCGGCGACGGGCGCGCUACAGCAGACUCUCGAGGGCCACUCAG